CAAUAGAGUGUUUAUCAAAGUGGAGCCCUGAAUGUGACGUCACCCUUAAUCUCGUCUCUGUAAACAAUGGAUGUUGCGCAGCAUUUAUUAUGACGUCAUUAUAUAGACUCCUCUCUCAGCACCCCCCCCCCCUCGGACUGACUUCCCGCGUCCCUGUUCGUAAAGAAACUAACUUUGGAUAACUAAGAAUGUCGUCCGUUGACCACAUUCGUAAUCGAUCCGCUGACCGUCACCGUGAGUUCACUGUCAUGUUGCUUGUUCUUCAUCUUGGUGGCUCUGCUGCUGGUGCUGAUCUACAGGAGGGAUCCGUUCUGCUGCAGGACAGCCAGCUCCCGAACCACGAAUGAACCUCCCCACUAUCACAGCAGGGACGCUCUGGUUGGCUUUGGACUACAUGACGACAGAAUCAUGAACUGUGACGACUUUGACCAUAAUCAACUCCCCAGAGGUCCCUUCGUGAUCGGGAAGCCCAGUGAUUACCACCUGCCGGGGGCCGCCCCACGCCUGCCGUCCUACGAGAGUGUUUGCAGGAAGGACCGGAGAACGCUCAUCCACCACAUGAUCUCUGAGCGCUUCAGCCUGAGAACCAGCUCGCACGGUGACUGGGAGCCUCCUCCUCCUUCAUACGCCGAGUCCCUCCACCAGCCUCUCCACGUUCCCUCCCUGGGUUUGGGGCGUCUGGAUGACCACGGGGUUCCUGCCCAGGACCAAGAUGGCCGUUCUUCAAACACGGACCACAGUGCAUCACCUGACAUCCGGAGGCCACAUCUUCCGACCAGCCAGGACCGCAGAGUCUGACCAGAUAAAGCUACCGUACCAACUGGGGGGGCUGUCCUCUCUCGUCAGCUCGUCUCUUACAGGCUGUGCGCAGGAGAAAGAUUGUCGGGCCGUAUAUAAUGUUAAAGGGUUAUGAAAGGCGUGUGAGGCGCCUGUGAUGGCGGAUUUGAGGAUCGUGACGACUCAUGCCAGCACACUUAAAAUCACAGGGGCCCAGGUUGCUAUUGUAAACUGUUUAUCGCAACAUGCGUGUGUUCGCUCUCUUUGCUUUGGCGAGGGGAAGAAUUCAAAGUUACCAAUUUACCAGAGCUGGAAUCCUGGAAUAUGAUAAUUACUUUGCCAACGUCUAUGGACGUGUGGGUAUAAGGAUCCUUUUUUGUCAAAGUUGUUGGACAGAGGUCCAACGGUGGUUUUCGUCAAGGAACAACAUGUGGUCAGCCGAAAAAAACUGAACUUUAACUCAAGGCAGGCAAACAUCACCUAUGAUCAUUAGCUUGUGAGGGAGAGAGGAAGGAUAAUGAAAGUUACUGAUUAACUCAGCUCAAAUACCAGACACAGGCAGACAAAAAAAACACUGGGAGCUGUUCGGUGUGUCCAGAGUUUUGUUCAGAUUAAUUUUUCUUCAUUGUCAAUGUUUAACAAAUUGUGUGCCUUAGGGUUCUACUUGGUGCCUCUCCAUGAUUGAUACCAAUGACAUCCUGUCCACGGCUUUCAGUAUGUAACGUAGAAUUCCCUUUAGACACCACAUAUAAAGAGUCAGCAGGGACAAGGACUGCAUUCCUCUCAUAAGUUGUAUAACUUGAAUUCUAUUAAUGCCUUCUUUGUGUUCACCCUUGCUCCAGCUGUGACCGAGUAUAAAACGACCUAAACUCCCCACAUAACAUUCAUUCCACUCUGACACGAGCAACCCUGAACUCACUCCCAUUCAGAGAGUACCAGGCGCUGUGCUCACUCCCCUGCAUACCAUGGGAACCCCCAGCCCUCCAAGUCAAAAGCCGUGUUUGACUUGCUUUCAUAACUGCAAUGCGGUCAGUGAAUCAUUGUGGAAAAGGAGUGUCGGAUAUCAGAUAUUCUAGACAACGAAAGCAACAUUAGACAAGUUUAGAUACAUGGAAGGAACAAGGCCUGUAAGUGAACUGGCCCAUAGCAGGCCCUGGAGAUUAGGUUACAUGUUAUUUUGUGUAGAAAGCAAUAAGAAUUCUACACUGCAAAGGUUCAUUUCCCCGUUUCUGUCUAGAAAUCCUGUGCUAGAAUCAGAGGGCUCCCAUUCUAGGAUUUGUCUGUGGGCCUACCUUUUCUGGCAAAUCACAGCCAAUCAACAGUCAUGUACCCCUGGAAUGAAAUUAAAUUAAUAAAUGGGACUUACAACCAUAGCUUAUCAAAAACCUGCUUGGACAGCUUUAGAGUGAACAGGGAGAGGGAGGUGAUAAGUAGGACCGUAUGUUUUGAAAGCUUACUCUGCUUGCUUUAAAUAGCCAAUCUUGCAUAUUGUAGGUUUAUGAAUAGUAAUUGUGUUUAACGGCAUGUCAUUUCCACAUGGUGUUUACCUAUUCAAACUAUAUAUUUCUUUUACAUGCAAAUCCAAUCAACAUAUCUGCUGCUAUUGCUGAAAAAAGUCAAAUGACUUUGGCCUUAUCGAUACAAUUAACAAUUUAUUCAAGGAAGCCACCAUUGAUCGUUUCGUGUUCAUGUGAUUGACCCGCCCCACCUGCCAAAUAAGAUGCUUGGAUAUCACUGAUAAUCACAACACAAUAUAAACCCUUGAUUAGCACGAUGCGGUUUAUUUUUAAUAUGAAAGCAGAAGUGUCUUCAUGAUUCACUUAGCAUGCUAUAGGAAGAUUUUAUAAAUAUUUGUAUUACAUUCUUAAAAGCAAGGUGGUUGCCAAUAUGUUUGUGUAAAGAAAUUUCAAUUCUAAUAACUAUAGGCAACCGUGCUUAAAACUUGCUUAUGCUACUGUGAUUGGGACCGUGCUACAUUGACCGUGAGAGACAUCUUGUGGUUAGAAAAUAAAAUGCACCCUUUUAAGCUUCAAAGCUUUGUUUGUGAAUACGUGCGAAAUGAACAACAGCAUCACGAUAAUAUAAAUGGCUGGCUGAAUAAA